GUGUCGUGGAUCAGGACGAGAGAUUUAACAGUGUUGGCAGUUGACCAGCUGACAGUCACCACGGAUUCCAGAUUCUCGGUAGUUCACCCCGAGGAGACAGAGGAUUGGCUGCUGGAGAUCAGAGGUGUAGACAUGAAGGAUGAGGGAACUUACGACUGUCAAGUGAACAUCCACCCCAAGAUCUCCACCAAGUUCCACCUGAAGGUUCUCCCAGACACAGGUCAAGCGUCUAUUCUGGACAUACCUGUUUCGGAUACUGGCGUGGUGUCCCAGCCGGAAGCGGUACGAGAUGAAGAGCCCGAGACAGGGAUUCGAGUGAAGGUACUGGGGGAUCGGUGGGUGCGUCUUAACACAGGCGCCACUCUACGACUGGUGUGUGAGGCCACGGGGAAGGCUCUGACGGAGCUACGUGAGCACUCCUUCUUGCACAACGAUCCCCUCAUCUCCUGGACCUUAGAUGGGAUACCUGUGACAACUCUCUGGCCACACACUAAGGUGGUGGUGCGGGAGUCGUGGGGCAGGACGGUAGUGGAGUCGGAGCUGGAGGUGAGGACGCUACAUCCUUCUGACGGAGGGACUUACGCUUGUGCUGUUCCUCGCGCACAACCCGAUCGAGUUACCCUCACUGUCUCCAACACAC